GCGCCUCUGUGGGGAUAUGACCAAAUGCGCCAUGACUCCCUAUGUGAAGCUCUUAUUGCAAAACGGAAUGUUCCUGUCAGGCCCAUGUAUGUGAAUCUCAGACUUUAAUAUUUUAGAAGGAAGAACUUGUCAAGCAACCCAGAGAGAGAGAGAGAGACAGAGCUAAGAUGGAGUGCGCUUGGAAACCAGACGAGCAAGGACUUCAACAGAUUCUUCAGCUUCUGAAAGAGUCCCAGUCUCCGGAUACCACAACGCAAAGAUCCGUCCAACAAAAACUGGAGCAACUCAACCAGUAUCCAGACUUCAACAACUACCUGAUAUUUGUCCUGACAAAAUUAAAAUCAGAAGACGAGCCCACUCGCUCCCUAAGUGGACUCAUCCUCAAAAACAAUGUGAAAGCCCACUACCAGAAUUUCCCCAACGGCGUGUCUGAGUUCAUCAAGAACGAGUGCCUGCAGAAUAUCGGAGAUUCCUCGCCCCUGAUCCGGGCCACUGUGGGUAUCCUGAUCACCACCAUUGCUUCAAAGGGUGAACUGCAGAACUGGCCAGAGCUUCUGCCCAAACUUUGUCAGCUCUUAGAUUCGGAGGACUACAACACAUGCGAGGGGGCGUUUGGAGCGCUGCAGAAGAUAUGCGAGGACUCCGCCGAGAUUCUGGACAGUGACAUGCUGGACCGGCCACUCAACGUCAUGAUUCCUAAGUUCCUCCAGUUCUUUAAACACAACAGCCCCAAGAUAAGGUCUCAUGCCAUCGCUUGUGUUAAUCAGUUCAUCAUCAGCCGCACUCAGGCUCUGAUGCUUCACAUCGACCCCUUCAUUGAGAAUCUGUUUGCGCUGGCGACGGACGAGGAGCCGGAGGUUCGGAAGAACGUGUGCAGGGCUCUGGUCAUGCUGCUGGAGGUGCGCAUGGACCGCCUGCUCCCCCACAUGCACAACAUCAUCCAGUACAUGCUGCAGCGUACGCAGGACCAGGAUGAGAACGUGGCUUUGGAAGCCUGUGAGUUCUGGCUGACGCUUGCUGAGCAGCCCGUGUGUAAGGAUGUGCUGUCUGGACACCUAGCACAGCUCACUCCAGUGCUGGUAAAUGGGAUGAGAUACUCCGAGAUCGACAUCAUUCUCCUGAAGGGUGACGUGGAGGAGGAGGACGAGGCCAUCCCUGACAACGAGCAGGACAUCCGGCCCAGAUUCCACCGCUCGCGCACCGUUGCCCAGCAACACGAGGGAGGCGACGGCAUCGAAGAGGAAGACGAUGAUGAUGACGACCUGGACGAUGACGACACCAUCUCUGACUGGAACCUGAGGAAGUGUUCUGCCGCUGCACUAGACGUUCUAGCGAAUGUGUUCCGUGACGAACUGCUGCUGCACAUCCUCCCUCUGCUCAAGGAGCUGCUGUUCCACCAGGAGUGGGUCGUCAAGGAGUCGGGCAUCCUGGUGCUGGGAGCUAUCGCAGAGGGCUGUAUGCAAGGUAUGAUUGCAUACCUCCCCGAGCUGAUCCCCCACCUGGUGCAGUGUCUGUCGGAUAAGAAGGCGCUGGUGCGCUCCAUCGCCUGCUGGACGCUGAGCCGCUACGCCCACUGGGUGGUCAGCCAACCGCCGGACCAGUACCUGAAGCCCCUAAUGACCGAGCUGCUCAAACGCAUCCUCGACGGCAAUAAGAGGGUGCAGGAGGCUGCCUGCAGUGCGUUUGCUACCCUGGAGGAGGAGGCCUGCACGGAGCUGGUUCCCUAUCUGGCCUUCAUCCUAGACACGCUGGUGUUCGCCUUCAGCAAGUACCAGCACAAGAACCUGCUCAUCCUCUAUGAUGCCAUAGGAACCCUCGCAGACUCUGUGGGACACCACCUCAACAAACCGGAAUACAUCCAGAUGUUGAUGCCUCCACUGAUUCAGAAAUGGAACCAACUGAAAGAUGAGGACAAAGACCUUUUCCCUCUGCUGGAGUGUCUCUCGUCCGUGGCCACUGCUCUUCAGAGUGGCUUCCUGCCCUACUGUGAGCCGGUGUAUCAGCGCUGUGUCAACUUGGUGCAGAAGACCCUCGCUCAGGCCAUGGUGAAUUUGCACCAGUCCCAACCAGAUGCGUACGAGUCCCCUGAUAAGGACUUCAUGAUCGUGGCCCUGGAUCUGCUCAGCGGAUUGGCUGAGGGACUGGGCGGUAACAUCGAACAGCUGGUUGCCCGUAGCAACAUCCUCACUCUCAUGUACCAGUGUAUGCAGGACAAAAUGCCAGAGGUUCGCCAGAGCUCUUUUGCUCUGCUGGGAGACCUCACCAAAGCCUGCUUCCAGCACGUCAAACCUUGCAUUGCGGAUUUCAUGCCCAUACUGGGGACUAACCUGAACCCUGAACUGAUCUCUGUGUGCAACAAUGCAACGUGGGCUAUCGGAGAGAUAUCCAUUCAGAUGGGUGCUGACAUGCAGCCCUACGUUGCUAUGGUAUUGCACCAGCUGAUUGAGAUCAUUAACAGACCCAACACCCCAAAGACCCUACUGGAGAACACAGCAAUAACAAUUGGUCGUCUUGGUUACGUUUGUCCUCAAGAGGUGGCUCCCAUGCUACAGCAGUUUAUAAGACCCUGGUGCACUUCCCUGCGGAACAUAAGAGACAAUGAGGAGAAGGACUCGGCAUUCCGAGGGAUCUGCACCAUGAUCACAGUCAACCCCGGGGGAGUGGUGCAGGACUUUAUAUUUUUCUGUGAUGCGGUGGCCUCAUGGGUCAACCCAAAGGACGACCUGAGAGACAUGUUCUACAAGAUCCUCCAUGGCUUUAAGGACCAGGUGGGUGAAGAGAACUGGUGCCGGUUCUCUGAUCAGUUCCCGCUCCCCCUGAAGGAACGCCUUGCUGCGUUCUACGGAGUCUAACUGUUCCCCUAGCAACAGGCAGGCCUCAGGAGGUCAUUCUGUAUAGGCGUUAAACAGGGAGCCUCUUAUACCCAGGGAAUAUGUUGCCCUUUACUGGGGGAAGGGUGGUGUGGCUGGGGAGGGGGGAGGGAUAGGGCCCCCCCGGACCCCUCUGGAUGGGGUGGGAGGGAGGUGAUGGGACAGUCGGCCCCGACGACGGGAAUCACCAAAAUCCAAACGGGACUCGGCUGACUUCACCGAGGGAGGAAAAACUUCACCAUUUCACCGUGGCAAGACCCGACGACGCCCAACAACAACAACACAACACCCUCUCGGCACUCUCAUCUGAACUAUCAGCACCACAUCUCUGCGCUGAUGGGGGGAGGCAAAAACAAACACAAACAAAAUCAGGGAAAGGGAGGGAAAAAUGCCAGAGAGGGAGAGAAAAGGUGAAGAAAUCACCAGGCGUCGUUGGGUUUAAGUUUAUAGUAAAGGAAGUGCCUACUGUGCAACUUACUCAAGUUUAGUGCUAAAUAGGGGGUUUCAAAUCCAGCCGCUUCUUGUCUUCUAGAGCGUACCAUUACAGAAGGGAUGGGGGGGGGGGCUUAUGGCUGACCUAGGCGUCCCAUAAGGUAAAAAGCAUGGAGGGGAUAGUUUAAACUCAAAUGCAUGAAGAUGAAGAAACUUUAUAGUGCAGACUGUCCGUCGAGUGUAUGGCCACAAAAGCAUAGCUGAAACUGUAAACAGUGCUCAGUGGUAAACGGUAAAUAAGUACACUUAACUAAGUACACUUAACGAAGUACACUUAAAUAAGUACAUGUGGGAAGCAUUUCCCGGCCCGUCUCUCUGCCUCUGCAUAUGUGUGGGAACCAGAGGAGAGGGCUUUGAAAGACAUCCCAAUGUCCCCAUAGUCAUAUCUCUGACUGUGGAGAUGUUUGCUUAGAAAUGAGAUGUAACAGCUCGUUUGUCAUCUUUAGGACAACAGGACCGUUUAUCACAGUAUGCACCAGUGCAACAAGCUCUUCUUUUUCUUUUGUGUCAUUUGAUAAUUUCUUGUGCUUGGAAGUGGCUUGUCUUAACUGAUGAAUUUAAAAUGGCAUGCCCAAAUGGAAGCAUUGAGGCUGUACAGCAGUGGACUACAGUACUUUAUAUGUGUGUGUGUGUGUGUGUGUGUGUGUGUGUGUGUGUUUACAUGUGUGUUAGUCUGAGAUGUGCUCAUAUUUCUGCCUAAAACUGAAACAAUCUACUGGUCUGUCACCCAUUUCUGUGGUGUCUAGUUAUUCUGCAGUCUUGGUGCUCUCACUAAAGAAUGUGAUCGUCAUCACUCCUCAGAGACGCACCAUUUGUAAGGUUUCACGUAUCGUGGUGAGAUUAUGUGGUCUUCCAUUCUGUGUGGUUGUGAGUGCGUGUGUAUGUGUCCGGGUGUAGUUGUGCGUGUGUGUGUUUGUGUAACUGUAAAGUGUAUAUGGCGUCUGCUACUCGCAGUGUGUGUGUGUGUGUUGGGAGUUGGUAGGGGUGUAGAAGAGGCUGUGUACAAUGCGUCAGUGAAUCCUCUCCUCCGCUGGUCUGAUCUUCUCUGUGAGUUCUGCUCGACUCCUCAGCUCAGCUCAUUGUCCGUAGUUCUCGCUACAAACUGUGUCUGUUGCGUAAAGGUGUUGACUUCUCUCAUCAGUGUAUUUGUAUCUAUAAGAAUGUUUGUUUUUGCUUUUGUGAAGGGUAUGGGUGUUCUUGAGUGCUUUUUUUGUUGUUUAUUUUUUAUGGACGUUUUGGUUGGCUUUUUUCAAAUUAGCAGGGUACUGGCUGAUUGGUUCAUGCAUGUAUGUUGGUGGCCCUAUGAUCACCCACACUAGGUUUGCUCUUAAACAACAACAAGAAAAGAGAAAAAAAAACCUAGAGCUGUAUUUUCGCUCCUUUCUUAGCUGCUGGCUUUGGGCACCGUGCUUGAUUGCAUCAUUAAUUAGAACCCCAAGUGCAGUGGUGGAACUACAGCAGAGGGCACUGUUCCGUAUUCUGUAUUGUGAAUGGCAGGGCACAAGCUUUGUGAUCUGGUACACGCUUUUGUUUGUUUCUGGCUGUUUGUUUGUGAUGCAAAGAUCUUCUGAGAAAGCAAAGUCACCUGAUUGUAUCCCAUGCAUGGUGAGAAGAGGAUGUGAUUUUUCAUUGAGGCCAACCAAUCAGAUUGCUCUGCUGGACAGAGUGAUGCAUCUCGUAGUAUUGUUUUCUGUACCUAAAGGAUGUAAUCAUACCAGUAACUAAGAACUUUAACAGACUGUUUUGUAAAACCCUGGCUAUGGAGUAAACUCCUUUUUAUCAUCUGGCCUUGAUUUCCGUAGCCGUCUAUCAGUCAGACUAAGGUGUUGUUAAAAACACAUGAUCAUAUUUAAGUGUACCUGUAAUUAUGAACACUGAAGCUGAAUUUGUUAUUGGUUGUUAUACAUUAGUUUAAUUAUUUAUUAUUUACAACCAAUACAAAUUAUUUCAUCAUUCAUCUCACUAUGCAUAAAAGGAGGGUAGAACCACGCUGAAAAAGGGUUCCAUGUAAAUUCUGGAACAAGAACAUAGAGAACAGCAUGGGAUGCCUUCAGGUGCCUGCUCUUCUGAAUGUUUAUUUGGUUGUUGUUUUGUUAUUGUUGAUUGUGUGAUUCCCCUCCUGUGUGCAAAACGAAUGUGUCAGAAAUCGUGUCACAUUCCAGUAGUUCUGGCAUGCUUGGAAACCAGAAGCAUAGUCCUAUUUAAUUUUACACUAUUCAAGUCUCAUGCAAUUCAAAGUAACAAACAUAAAUAAUAAUAAAAAACAACACAUAAUUUAAAAUGAAUAAAUAAGUACAGUAUGAAGUUUUAUGUUGCUGUCUUACAGGCUGCUGCUAAGUGUUUUUGUAGUUUUUUUUUUUUACUUGAAUAUGUUGUCAUAGAAACCUCAGGAGGUCUGUGUUUACUUUUUUCAUUUUUUUUUGUAAUGGAUGUAAUGUAUGCCUGUUCAUGUAUGUUAUGUAUGUACGUACAUAUGUAUUUAUGUUAUGUAUGUAUACGUAUGUAUGUAUGUAUGUAUGUAUGUAUGUAUGCCUUGGUUAUUGUAUUAUCUGAGUCUCCUUGUGCGUGUGACGUAGGAGUCCAACUUUCCUUUUGCUACGCCAGCUUACUAAAGACAGCCAGACAACGCUGCCAGAAACACCUGCUCCUCUGCUAAAAACAUCCACAUUUAGAAACUCGCUAGAGGAAAUGCAAUCAUUGUUGUAAUCAACGUUUAAAAAGAAAGAUUUCUUUACAUAGAGGAGUAUGGGCAAGCUGUCUUGUUAGUGGGGUUGUAGUUGUGAUUCACAAAUUAAGGUGAAUCAUGUAUAUGAAGUGCAGUAUUUAUUGUAAGAAUGCCUUGAAAUUGGAAGCCCAGUAUUGAUUGUGAGAAUAUUGCACAUAAUUAAGUAGCCUAUAUCUGAGGUGGCCAAGUGAAUAAAAUAGCCUAUACAAAUUUUCAGUUUAAGAUGUGAAUUCUAAUGGCUUUGUGAAAUGUUUUCCUACUUGCUGAUUAUACCCGCGGACUACUGUAAGCAUUACAACGUCUCUUUUGUGUGAGAAAAUUUGAAUUAAUCUUGGCUCCAGACUAUCUUAGCCAUGUAAACUUGAGUUUUGACUUCUUGUUCAGCCCUUCACCCUUUUUGCUAACAUAAGCAGCACCGUGGCUGUGGUUGUUUUCUGAAGCUGCUGAAUUUUAAGAAGAAAAAUAAUUUUUGGGGCCACCAAAUAUUUUGGAUCAUGCAAAGACUCUAUAUUGUACUGUAGUAAUUUUGUAAUGACAUUUGUAUGAUGUAGUGAUGGUCGUGGAUGCUUGGAUCUGUACAAUGUUAAAAAUAAAUUGUUUACAUAAACAAGCCUUGA